AUGCUGAGCCACCAGCGACAAUGGAAUCCGGAGAUUGUUGGGGCCUCCGAAGAGAUGGACAAGCUGAGUUUGGACAGUGCCGUCAGUUCCGAGGGACUGGCAAGGUAAGGGGAGGAUAUGUAUUAUAAUUUGGGCAUGAACAAGCAAUUUGGAAAAGUGUGUGUACCAAAAUAAUUUUAGGAGUAUCCAGAAAAAAUUUAGCUCGAAAUAGACUUCUUAUUUAACGAGUAAUUUGUGUAGGAAAAUUUCAAAUUCUAAAAAAUGAAGCGACUAGAAAAAACAUAUAUUUUACAAUUACACAAGUAUUUACUUAGAAUAUCUUAAAAAUAUGGACGAUUACUCAAAAAAUCUUCGGAAUCAAGCCCUAAAGCUUCAAGUCUUUAUAGGGAAACCGGGAUGUUCGAUUAUCUUUGUCUGCAAAAGAACACAUCAAUUUAUGAGGCUUGGCAAAAAAGCCCUUUUGUUAUUCAGCCAAUAAAAUAUUGGGAAACGAGUUCUUUGAUCCCAUUGUUUCGUAAAACAUGUAAAAAUAAUUUUUUUAACCUUAACAACCGUAUUUUACCGCAACUUUUUUUCAGCAAUUCCGCCGGCGAAAUCUCCGAAGAUGACAUUCAGAUCUCGGCCGACCUAACAGUCAGCGAAAUUGAAAAAAUAAAAAAUCUCAAAACAGAAAUUGGCAAGGAACUGCUGGAGAAAACGCCGUUGAUGAACGACGAGUUCUCUCUUCAUCGAUGGAUUUGUGGAUGGGAUAACAAAGUUGGUAAGUGCAAUAUUUUAUGAAUUAUUUUACAUUUGUUUAUCAUACACAAAAAAUGAUAAGCAAGGGUGGUAAUUACUGUCUUAAAACGGCUAUUUGUUACUGCAUUCCUCUUCAUUUAGUAAAUAGACGGGUAUUAUGUCUAAAGUCAUAAGAAAAGAUAGCAAUUACUUUGGUUUUGAGAGUUUUUUUAUGUUUUUUGCUGGUACUUUUAUCAUUUUUACCUUUAAAUUUUGACUUCCGGGUAUUAAAAAAUUGGUUUACAAUUCGGAAGGCUAAGUCGUAUGUUUCGGUUAUUUGGAACGUUUUCCAGGUCAAGGUUGAUGUGUAGAUGUCUCACAAUCUUGAAAUCAGAAAAAUAUUUAGGUCCUUGGGAUACACACUACACUUUUAUUAGGUUGGAUUAAAAGUUAUGACAAUUUUCUCGCAAAAGUUUGAAGUCGAUUAUUUUCUAGCUCAGAUCCCUCCUUUUUUGACAUAGUUAUAGACUAAUAGAUGGCUUAUCGAAGCUUCAUUUAGGGUGUAUUUCUAAGCUUUACGGCAUAGCCGAGAUUUUCUAUUGCUAAAACCUCGGUAGUGCCCUGAUUUUGGCAGGAUACGAAGCGACUCAAGUCACGUCCCUCAGCCAGCCGCUGCUGGUCUCAGAUUGGUGUUAUUACAAUCUUCAAGGAUCGUAGAAGACGCUGACAUAGCAUCCUUACUAGGUAGUAAAGACAACUUAUUUAUAGGCUGUUUUUCUUCGGAAAGUUGCCGGAGCGGUCGGCCGAAAAGGCGUCUAAAAAACCAGCGCCUGGGGUUUCUAUGUUCCAUUUUUAUAACUCGUAGUACCACGAGAUCACUUGUCUGUUGUCACACUAAACAAAUUUUACUUAUGUUGCGCUCUAGUUGUUGUAGAACUAGGAUUAAAACACAAUUUCAAUCUACAUGUCCAAAAAGUGACCACAACUUCUAAUCCUCCCAUUUUCAGCCGAGAUCCUCCCCCGCUACGCGCAAAUGUCCGAGAUUGUGGAAGCCCUCGGCUUCAACGAGUUCGUCGUCAACGAUGAGGACGAGGUGAACACAACCGUCGUGAAAUACAACCAUCUCGCCCAAUUCUUCGCCGGCGGAGUGAUGGGAUUCGAUAAUGACGGGGAUCUGAUCACCUGCUCUUUCCUCGGCAAUGUGAGGCCGAGAACGCUGGUCAAGUGCGGCAGCACCCAUCAGGUCUUCAAGAUGGCCAUUCUGGAUGCUGUUUUGAUUAUGAAGUUGUUGAAGAAACGAGAGGAGAAGACGGGGAAACAGGCGGGAUGCAAGAUCAUCAUGGAUCUGAGUGGAUUCGGGAUGGAACAUUUGUUUGCACCCACUGUUAAGAUCUACUUGAACUUGAUCAAAUUGCUGCAGGUAAUAAUUUGAAUAAUUUACAGACUUUUGAAAGAAAACAGCUCAGAUUUUGAUGAAAUUUGACAAAAUUAAAAUUGCAAUUUUCUCUAAAAAUUAGACUUUAAUUUCCCCAUUUCUUCAGGACAUGUUCCCCGAGCUGACCCGCAAGAUCUAUGUCAUCAACUCACCCACCAUCUUCACAACCGCCUUCGGACUGAUCAAGCCGAUUUUGUCGGAGAAAACACGAUCAAAAAUCGAAAUCUUGGGCUCAAAUUAUCAGAAAUUUUUGUUGGAAGAACUGGGCGAACAUAAUGUAUAUCCACUUUAUGGAGGCAGCAAGAAACCGACGAAAGGAGAUUCGGAAACUGGCACGCUCCGAAUGGGAGGAGUCCCGCACAAGGAGAAUAUGUAAGUUGUUUUUCGGAUAAGGUCGAUAGAUUAGGGCCUAUGUUGCUUUCAUUUUGCAAGGCAUUUAGCUCAAACUGAGAGCAAAAUUUUUAAGGGAAUAUACGAGACUUUACACUUGAAAAAAAUCGUCGAGAAAUGUCUGGAAAAUCGACAUGCUUUCUGCGGUUUUCAUCUCGAUAAAAUGGAAGUACUAUGUAUUGCCUAACAAUGUAAAAUUCUAAUACGAAGUCCGUGUAUUUUAACAAGUGAAAUUCAGAAAAAUACGGCCAAAAGAGUUUUUUCUCUGACCGCUCUCCCCAGUUUCUGUACUCUCUAAUCUUCAAACGUCUAGGCUAAAAUUUUCAGCACUUGAAAUGCUGCUUAUAACCUCUUAAUUUUCAGCUACAACCCGAUCUAUUGUCCCCACAGCGUCGAUGAUGACAAACUCACCAAGAUCAAUGUCCCCGCCCGUUCCAAAAAAUCGCUUGACUUUGAGUGCAAAGCCGGCCAGACCCUGAAAUGGUUCUUCAAAUCCUCGGGAGACAUUGAUCUCUCCGUCUACCUGGACAACAAGAUCUUGUACAUGCCAAAACUCCGGCUGAACACCGAAUUUGUGCCCGAAUUUGAUGAGGUUUUAUGCAAAGCCGAUGGGACUUACUCGAUCAUCUUCGACAAUUCGUUCAGCACAUUCUUCAGCAAAGAUGUGAGGCAUCAUAUCCAGAUUGUUGAUUGAGAUUUCUUGUUUGUUUUUACGGGUAUUAGCUGUUAGAAAGUAGUGUCAUUGUAACCAUAUCUCUCUACAGAACACAUUCGUUUUUACGGUCAUUCACACCAUAUUCGCAUGCCAUUCCUAUGAAAAAAUGUUGAAAUUCAAUCAUCAUAUUGUACAGACAUAUAUUAUAUAAAUAAAAAAAUUUAAAUUUCUGAUUUCUUGGAUGAAUUUUUUGUCAGGAGUAAUACAAAUUGAGAUGUGACAAGGGCAUGAAACUCUGUAUUUUUCAGUUGACAGAACAAUGGAGAAAAAAUCAAUAUGAUUCAGCUUCUAUUUUGACUGUUAUGCACUUUCAAGGCCGUCAUCAUCAACUACCUUUCAUGAGUAAUAUAAUUUAGAGACACACGUGCAACAUCAACAAACUCUAUUAAAAAGAGCAGCUCCAGUCUGUUAGUUUUAAUUUAAAAUACAAUAAUAUCUGGGCCGUUACCUUGGCUUCUGGAAAUCGGAAAGAAUUUCAUCAUAAAAGCAGAGGGCGUAUUUUACUAAUAUUUUGACGCCCCUAGUUCAAUGCCACCUCCAUAACUUGGCAAACCGAUAAAAUCGAUAUUUCAUCAGCUUGUUAUAAGAAUAUCUGGGCCGUUCCCGGAAGCAGUGCAAGACCGGGCCGACCCGUGCCGAGCGGAAGGCAAGCCUUCACAACUCCGCUGGUCCCAAAAAUCUGUUAAUCUCGAAUGACUUCAAUAGAAGUCGUACCGGAGAUUAAACCGAUAAGAACAGAUACUACACUUUGAUCUUAGCCAAAAGGCCGAGAAGCGAUAAAGAACUGGGGAAUUUGGAUUGGUUCUGCUUUCUUUUUCGAGGAAAAGAAAUGGGUUCUCUUUCGGGGCGAGGAAGUUAGAGAAAGGUUUGGAAGAACGAGGAGAAAAAGGGCUUGUUGCGCAAGAAAUGCUGGUACAAGUGGAUGCAGAUCCUUCUCCUUGUUAUCUUCUUUCAUAAUUCAUGUCAUGAUGACAUACUUCUCGUCCAAAAUUUCACUUUUUAUUUUUAUAAAUUUUAAAUUUUCGAGUACCAGUCGAUAAAAAAUUUAUGACUGCAUUGAAAAUUUUCGAUGAAAUUCAUUUUUAAGCCCCGUAUUUUACCGUUUACUUCCCUAAUUCUCCUCCAAAACUAAUUGUUCCUCUUUUCUCUGUUCCAAACCCACUUUUUUGUCCUCAAAAAACAUGGCCAAACCAUUCGGCGUGGGCGAGAAUUAGAUGGCGCUCUGAUCUUUUUUCUUUUUCCCUUCCGGCCAACUGUUUUUGCCCUGAGGGGAUGCAAAAAAAAAGUUCGCCGAUUUUUUGUUUUUGGGCUUUUUGCUUGUAAUUAUUGCGUUCCCGAGGUGUUUUUUAUAUGUUUUGGGUGUAGAAUCAGCUCAUAAUUAAAAUUCAUCCGACAUUAUCCUUGAUUUUAUGAGAAUCUGGCUGUCUUUGGCCCUGACUCCGUAUGAUUAAUCGAUUUUUUUUGUUUUCCGUCACUGCCUUUGGCUUUGCGGAGGGCUUUUUGUCAUCAGAAGGUCUAGUGGAACGGCCACGAUUUUUUUAUCGUCACUUUUGCAGAGUUCGUCGCGUAAAUGAUGACGACUUUUUUAGAUUUCAAGAUGAAAGUGAAUUUUGUAUUUUUUCUUCUCUAAAAGACACCUUUUUAUGCCUCUAUCAGACAGAUUAAUGAGGGAGCUUCAUGCCCUCCCAGGUCCCUUGGCCAAACUUUUCUUCUUUUCUUUUGGUUUUUGCAAAGGAAGUUAUCUUUAGGGUAAAAUACGAAAAUUUGAUUCAACCUAAUAGAUGGGUAGAAUAGGGCGUCCAGGCAAUAUCUUGUGAAGAGACUGCAGAUUCAUCUAUCGUUUUAAUUUGAGUAAUUCUUACUUCGAAUCCGAAAAUGGUGAUAUAAUAAACAAGAGUGUUAUAGCCAAGUGACGAGAUCAAGUUCAGGUGUGAAAGAACAAGUUUUUGCACUUUUUUUGUCCAUCUUUUGUUGCUGAUUAUAUUCGCUUCUUUCUCAAUUUCAGUUCUUACUUUGUAGACUCCGUAUUUUACAAAAAAAUUUACGAAAAGUUUUGCAACUUUUCAGGCUGGGUUCCGAGCCUCAAGGUAUCCAAGAUCCUGGUAAUAAUGAUGAGGAAAAAUCCAAAAAUUUUCCUUAUGUUAAUUAAUGUAAAACCCUUCUCGAAAAAUCCAUUUUUUUAUCCGAAAUCAAAAAAAAAAAUCCAAAUAUUUUUAAUUAAAAAUCGUUGUUAAAACUCGUGCCUUCGAAUUUCAGUCCACACGUAUGUUUUUAUUGGCACAAUUAAUACUGUACUGUAUCAAAUCUUCUUUUUCCUUCCUAAAAAUUGUCUCAACCUCCCUUCCUGAAGAUCUCUCCCUCGAUUUCUGACGUUCGUUGCCGACUUUUCAAGGCCAGACCUCAUGUCUUUUUGCGUAAUUCUCCUUUCGAGAAAUUUGUUUCCACUUUUUGAGAUGUCACAAAUCCCUUCCCCAACGUGAUGUGAUCUACAAACCACCUAAUCUCGCUCUCUUCAAUAUAAUUUUAGGGUCUCAAAGUGAUGACAGAGCCGACUUCGGAAUUCUCGUUUAUCGGCCGCAAAGAUUCCGCGAAUUUGGAGAGCAAAAGUUACAGCGGUACGUCGGAGUCGACAGACACCACGGUUAUUGAUAAUAGAGGGCUUGAUUAUGGGGGCAAAAUAAGCGAUAAAGAGCCGAACAGUACUGCUUCGGACGAUUUGGCAUACGCAGAGUAAGUUGGCACCAAAAAUGAUGACUUAACUUUGUUUGCCCUACCAAUUUGACUCUUCAAAUUUCAGCAACUCCAUUUCCCUCUCCUACCCGAAUUGGGGCGGCGCUUCCACAGCCUCAGAGCCCGUCCCCACCGACGAUCUCACUUCCCUCUCAACGACGGUUACAAACGCCACAGAAGACCCUCGAAUCUACCUACAUGACGAAAAGAUAGAGCCUCAUCGAAGCUCGAUUCUACAGAAGACGGCAUUGGAGCAAAUCAAUGAAUCCGAGGCCUGGAGCAAGGCCGAUUUGGCCUUGAUGAAAGCCAAAACUUUCGCUGACGAUGUGGCACAACGAAUGUCAAAAUAUAUGAACAACGACGGGAAUGAGACGGACGCCAGAAAAUUGCAGCACGACAAUGAUGUGAACGAAAGAAUGGAAGCGUAUUUCAGCGAGGAUCUGCCGGAACGACCCGACUUCUCGAAGUACUUGAAUCGAAAGAGGGACUAUGGGUUAGACGCUGAUGAAAGACAAGACUUGAAGGGGAGUGGUAGAGGACACGACGAUUAUGACAGCAAGAAGCCAAGAAGCGAUGUAUUCGGUCAUGGGACACGCUCUGAAAAUGAGCAAGAAACGCAGCCAAGUGGUGUUUUUGGCCAUGGAACGAGGAAUUCGGACGUUUUUGGACAUGGAACCGGAAAUACCGACCGUUACAGCAGUUCACAAUAUGAUACUGACGUUGAUGGCGGUGCACAGGGUAACGUGUUUGGACAUGGAACAAGAAAUUCUGAUGUCUUUGGCCAUGGAGUCGACAAAUACGAUGACAAUUCUACGCAAAAGGCUCAUCAAAGACAUCUUUUUGGCCACGGAACUGGCAACAAAGUGCCAGAGAAUACGCCCAGCGACACUCCCAAGAACAACAAUUCUCCUCCAACUGAAGCGACUGCUAACAACCCCGAAGGCAUUGUAGUCACCCAGCCGUCGGCUGAAGUCGAAUUGGACACCGAAGAAAUCCCUCCAGAAAAGUUGCUGAACACCUCGAGACGAGGAAGUUUUGUCUUUGGAUUUGCUCCAAGCGACAACGAAGACGACGAUUUUGAUCCGGUCGCUGAUUUAAUCAACGAACUCGUCUAUGAGACCAACGAAAUCAACAAAAGUAUGAGUGAAGCGGCCUCAAAGCACAACACAAUCUCCACCGACAACACCGAGAAGACUUUGCAGAACGAUGACGACACGGAUAAUGACCUGACCGAGCCCAUUCAACCACCACCAGCUGGACCCAUUUGGGAUAUUAAUUAUGCAAUUGGGCUGAGUGAUCGACCGAAGGAUGUGGCCGGAUAUGUGGUCAUAAACAAGGUCGACGAGAUCCUGAGCAAAGACAAAGAUGGAAAACCAAUUGUGUUGAGGGGAGGAAGCUUAGACGGAAGUCCGAAGCUGAACGAAAGAAGGGAUCAUUUGACAAGGCAAGCCAGGGUAGCCAGCGAAAGCGAAAAUGGCCUGGAAGAAACGGAAAGCUCUCGGAUGGAGACAAUUCAUGAGGGUCGGACUGAUUCUCAAGACCACCCCGCAGCCUCGGAGAUUUCCAAAACUCCUGAAGCCAUUCCGACGCCAGCAGCCGACCAAACAUCCGAAAAUACGACCACAAAUCUUCCUCAUGACCCCGAUAAAAAAUCUCUGGAAUUCCCCAAAAAACACGGGGAAACAAACACAACAGGCCCUGAGGCGAAAAGCGUGGAGGGGCAUGGAACAAGUGUUAUUAGCGGCAAGAUUGAUAACGCCCAAUUUAACGAAAAUCCAAACGAAACGUCAGAGAUCCCGGUUGUUUCAGCUCAAACUCCGGCACGAGUUUCUAAUUCCGGCGAUAUGGCGUCUGGUUUAGCGUCAACUACGCCGAUUGCUACUGAUAUUCCUGCAGGCACUACUAGCCAAACGGUGGGAUCAAUUUCAAUGGAAAUGGAGCCAAUGAAGAUUGUUCAAAAGCCUUCUUUUGGCCAGAAAACAACUUCCAUUCAAGGAUUCAGAACUCCCGGACCGGCCGCUGAAGUUGUGACGGUCGAGACGAAGUUUCCAGAAAGCGUUCCGCCUCCGGAGCCGGCUGUUCCAGGCGACACUUUGGCUUUUAUGGUCCCAAAUAAUGUGCUGGAUCAGGUAGUUAAGAAUGUGCAGGAGAAUGAAGACAAAAAUGGAUCGACUGCAGCCAAUCCAACUGCUCAAACUCCUGUACAGCCAAGUUCUCAAAUCCCAACAUGGUCAGCAACCUCUAAUAUCGAACCGAGUCAACCCAAUUCCGAGGAUUCUGAAGCCAAACCGGUUGAAAUUCCAGUUCAAAUCCAGUCCGAGGCCGAAUUUGCGGCAAACAAAGUCCCAGAGAAAGUCACAAUAACUCCAGAGAGUAAUGAUGAGGUUGUUGUGCAAGUCCCUAUCAACGUAAUUAACAACGAUGAUUUGCCAAAGGAGCCAAUCAAGGAUAACUACGAUAGCGAGAGUUUAUUCAGCGUGGUCAGUGGAAACAGUCUACCGGAACUAUCGAACGGUGAGAAGAUAGAUGAACCGGUGCUGAUAAAUAAGGUGGAUACUGAUCAUCUACUAAGUUUUGGCGUCAAAAAGGCUGAUGAGACUGCCGUCCCACCAAAUACACCAUCAAGUGGACAAAAUGGACUGAACGGAAGUGAAAAAGUUGAGGAAAUCAGUUUACCGCAAGGCUUAGUACAACCUCAAGAGGUGAAAACUCAACAACCUGCACAACAGUCAACACAAUCGCCGGAAAAACAGUCAGAAUCCAAUAUUUUCGAAGGCGCUGUGGCUAAUGAUUCGACUGAAAAAGAAGUCGAGGAUGUUGUUGAUAUGAGUGUUGAGUUAACUCAAGCUUCAGCUGAAGGAUCGAGGGUAAACGAGAUCACGUUGAACGUCAUUAUAGAGAGAAGAUCUGUCGGAGAAUCGGCAGAAGCGUUGAGCUUGGAGGAAAGUGAGCUUCUGGCAGACGAAUUAACAAAAUCAGCAGCCGGAGAGGUCCCACACAAGGUUGGAGACGAAACGAAAGAGGGCGAUGGACUCGUGAAGAAGGCUGAAGAAGAGAGAACCGAGACUAAAGUGCCAGUUCAAGUCGACGCAAAGGCCGCAAGCGACGUUAAAGUGGCCGAACAAGCUGAAGGUAAACAGACUGAGACUACCUCAGCAAAGGAUGGAAAGGGUAGCGAAGUCCAGCCAAUUGAGACGCAAGAUGCUCAAUCAUCGGGUUACAAGUCGGAUGGAGUUGAGAUUCCAGUAGAAAUCAACAAACCAUUUGAACCAGUCAAAGAUGCUGAUUACGGUACUGAAAUCCCAGUGGAAGUCAAUAAACCACUAGACGGUCCAGCUCAUCCAACAGAAGUUGGAGCUUUAGAGAACGAAGAUGCCAAGUCUACAACUUCUCAAGUGUCUUCGGAUAUCUAUGGAUCAAAAACUUCGGAGUUUGGAACCGAAAUUCCAGUGGAAAUCAACAAGCCAUUUGACGGUCCAGUUAACCCUCCAUCCGCUCCUCAAGAAGCACCAAGUCAAGCUCAUCAACCUGACAACACCUCGGGCUAUGGUACGGAGAUCCCAGUGGAAAUCAACAAACCUUUGGAUGGUCCAGCUCACCCUACACAAGUAUCACAAAAAACCAGUGACGGUCCGGUAAACCUUUCCGACUUGAGCAGCACCUCACUUCUGGAAAAGAAACCAGAUGACAAAGAAAGCAAAGAGCAGCUAGUCCAAGCUGUAAAGUCUUCAGAAGCCCCAGUGAACCUCGGUGAUCUUGACAAUAAAUCACUUCUGGAAAAAACGCCUGCGGAAAAGAAGAGUGAAAGUGGUCAACCAGGUGCCAAGGAGGAAAGUGCAAGCUCAGUUCAACAAGAACCAGUAAAAGAUCGUGACUAUGGUACGGAAAUAAUAGUGGAAAUCAAUAAACCCCUUGAUAAGCCGGCUGAACCCGUUUCCGAAGGGACUGUAGAUCAGAAAUCACUGGAGGAAGCAGCGAAACAAGCAACUGAAAUUCCAGUGGAAAUUAACAAACCGCUCGAAGGACCAGCACAACUAAACGACUCUGGAGUUACUCAAGACGCUGCUAAUGUUGCCGAAGCCAAAGAAUCUGCACAAUCGGUUGAUGAACCGCAGAAACUACCCGAAGAAAUAAAGCCCGAGGAGUCCAAAAUAUCUGAAGUUAACACCGAGAAAUCUUCCGAGCCAACAACAGCUGAGAGAGCAGCAGAGAAGCCUUCAGAAUCUCAGCCAACAGAGCCGUCUGAAGAUCAAAAAGAGCAUAGGAAAACACCAAUCAAACUUCAUGAACCCGUCCAACGAACCGAUUCCCUGGGUAGAAUCAUUCCAAUUUUGUAUAUCAAUGAAGAACCAAUUACCUCACCUCCUCAUGAUUACAAACCCUUAGGCUAUUCUCGACAAUUGGCUAAGAAAGAAGCCAAGACCGAGAAGAAAAAGGACUCCAAGAGAGAGGACAAGGAUGAUUCGAAAGAAGGCAAUGUUGAAGGAGGAGAUCAGAAAGAAAAGGAGGCUGAAACGAAGUCUGAUAAGACUGUAGAUAAACCUUUUGAACCUGAGGCCGGACAGGAUGCGCCAAAGGAGGGCAAAACUCAAGUUGACGAGAAAUCAGAAAGGACAUCGGAACCAGUAAAGGACGCCGAUUACGGGACCGAGAUUCCAGUGGAAGUCAACAAACCCCUUGACGGCCCUGCCAAUGCAGCGAAGUCAGUGGAAUCGGAAGCUAAACCGUCCGAACCUGGAGUUGAAAUCCCAGUGGAAAUCAACAAAUCACCUGAUGGUCCAGCUCAUCCGGUGUCAAACGAAUCUGCCAUUCCUGAAGAGUCAAAGGCUUCAGUUCAAGAAAAAGAGCAAAAGGAUGCGGAUUACGGUACGGAAAUCCCAGUGGAAGUCAACAAACCACUCGAUGGACCAGCUCAUCCAGCUGAACCGAAGCCGGAAGAUGCUGCCAAAGAUUCCGAAAAGUCUACUGAAAUCCCCGUGGAGAUCAAUAAGCCAUUCGAACCAGUAAAAGAUUCUGAUUACGGUACUGAGAUCCCAGUCGAAGUCAACAAACCUCUGGAUGGCCCGACUCAUGCUGGAAUUUCCGAAAAGGUAGAGGAUGAGAUUCCAAAACAAACUACUAGCCAAUCCGAAGCUUCACCACAAGUUCCAGUUGAGCCAGCGCUCUCUGAAUCUGCUAAAAUCUCAGGUGAAUCCAAGCCAUCAGAAGCACCCAAGGUUGAAGACACUUCCAAACCUCAAGAAGCUCAGAAACCGCAAAUUCCCGUGGCCCAAACCCCUGACGGCGUUGAUCUUCCACCAGCUGAGAAUGAGAGACCAACUGAAGUCGAUGAGCUUGAAAAAACUGGAGCUUUGAGUAAUCAACAACCAAUUAAAUUGGGUUCACUUGGAAAGAAGAGCUUAUGGGAUGGAGAAGAAGGUAAGAAUGCAACGCCAGACGUAAAGAAAGAUAUAGAAGACGGUAAACCAUCAGAAACUACUCCGAAGAGCGGAGAUGGCCCAGUCAAUCUAUCUGAUCUGAGCAAGACAUCACUUCUGGAGCAAAAACCGGACGAAAAACGAGUCGGAGAUGUCCAAACUGCGGCCGUCAAACCUCCAGACAGCCCAGUAAAACCCGGCGAAAUCGGCAGUAAAUUACCCUUGGAUAAAACUCCUGAGGAAAAGAAGGUUGAGAGUGAUCAAGCAGUUGAAAAGAGGGAGAUCAAGACUGAUGAAAGUAUCCCAGUCAAAACUGAAGAAACUCCUCUAAUUCAGACCGCUCCAACUGACUCCAAACCCUCGGAAAACAAGGAUAAUAUCAGCUGGAUUGAGGAGAAACCAACCGAAGAGUUCGUUGUCGCCAAACCUUCUGAAGUUGAACCUUCCUAUGAUAGACCAGCCGAAAGUCCUUCCAAGCUUUCAGAAGCUCCUAAACCAUUGUUAGAACGAGAUGAGAAGGCCGAGACUACCACUGCUCAACCAUCUGGACCAGUCAAACUAGAGGAUCUCGCUAAAAAGCCUCUGAUUGAAGAAGAAAAACCGGAAAAGGUGGAAAAAGUGAACAUUCCAGAUGAUGGUUCCGCUCCAAUCAAGUUGAAUCAACUUGACAAUGAAACUCUGCUCAAUAAGCCAUCUCCAGCCAGCCCAACUGAAUCUAAUGUCAAGGAGAAUUUGGUAGGGUCUGAUGAGCAAAAGAGUGCCGAAGAAACGAAGCCAGGAAUUCCACCGUCAAUUGGAUUCUAUGAGCAGCCAGAAUCAGAAAAAGAGAAGCCUUCGGAAGCACGUGAAACGAAAGAAACCCUGCCAGAAUCUCCAAAGAAAGGAGUCCCUCCAUCCAUAGGAUUCUACGAACCUUCUCCGGAAGACGGAUGGAUAACGGAGCCAGUGGAAUCUGAGGUGAAAAACGUUGAGACACCGGCUAAAAUUGAGGAGAAGGAAUCGCCAGUGGAACCCAGAGUUGAAGAGCCAAAGAAAGAAGAGAUCAGCAACGAUGGAUGGAUCACAGAGCCAGUAGAGGGCGAAAAGAAAGAAGAAGUGAAGGCAGAAGAAAAGAAAGAAGAUAAAGUGGAAAAGAAAGAUGUCACAGCGGAAGAUGGGUGGAUAACAGAGCCAGCUGAGGGGUGGAAGAAAGAGGACGAACCUAAAGGUAAGGGAUACUAGACUGAAAAUGGCCUGAAGUCCAUGGAGAAGAAAACCUCUCGAUAACGACAAAAAAGUAAACGAAGAGUUUUUAUUUUUACAUUUCGUCUUUUGGCAUUACGCAACUUUGAGAAAAAAUAUUUUUUUGGGCAACAGUUUUUUGCCCAAUUGGAUCUUUGGUCGAUUAUGGCCGAACUCUGGGGAAAACGGAUAAAGCUUUGUGAAUGCAAAGAAUAUAACACUUUUCCGACAAUUUUUAUAACUUUUUCACGAAUUCCAUCAAAAGUUUACCAAAAAUCAUUAUUUUGAUACCUAAAAUUGUCCAUAAUCGAUGAAAAAUCGCUUUAAAAAUCCCACUGCUUUGAAAUAGGAAUUUCUCUAACUUCAGAUCUCAAAGCCUCAGCUGAACCUGCCCCAACGACUUCUCCAGCUUCUCAAGAGCCCUCAAAUGACGGGUGGAUUACCGAAACAACAUCUGAAAUACCCAAGCCCGAGGAAUCGAAACCUGAAGAGCCAAAGAAAGAGGUCGUCAGUCAAGAAGGCUGGAUUACAGAGCCCGCCGAGGGUCAGACUAAAACCGAAACCCUCCAAACCAAAGAAGAUCUGCUUAUUCCAGAUGGUGAUAAUAAAGUUGAAGAGGAACGGAAAGGUGUAUCCUUCGAAGAUGGCUCGAGACCUGAGAAAACACAGCCGGCUGGCAAGGAAGUAGGUUUUGCGACCUCAAUUUUAUGUUACACUAGACAUGUUUGCAAGAUUUUUAAUUUUUAUCAAAUUUUGAUCGAUCUUGCAUAAAGUUCACGUUCCACUUUGUCUUUUCCCGAAAAUCCGCUUGUUUCUUUAUGCAUGACGAGCUUUCUCAGGACAUAAAACCCCGGUUUUAUCUGUUUUGACAGGUGUUGCGGAUAAAAAGUUGAUUUUUUUGAAGAUUAAACUCAAAAAAUCCCUAUCAAAUGGGCUUGAAAUUCAAUUCCACUCGAUUUUCUUACCUUCCCAAACGUUUUUUCCAAGAACAGGACUAAAUUUUACAUUGUUGUAGACGGUCCUGGUGUUCCACGAAGCCCGUGCCUUCUCCCCUGCGCCAGAAGAUCCUGCCGCGGCCUUUAAUGUGGCGGAGGCCGGCAAAUCGGAGGCCAAAAUGAGCGAGUCGGAUAAGGAAAAUGCGACGGACUCGGAGAGUCAUCGGCUUCCAAUGGACGGAAGUGAUGUGGAUCUGGACGAAUACGAGAGAAGACUGAUCGCGAACACGAGAGAGGCGCUCGCAUUGGUCGAUAAAUUGUGUAAAGACACUCAGGAACAACAGGAGAGGCGGAGAGCGAGGCAGAGGGAUUACGUGGACCAGGAGAGAAGAGCGCUGAUUGUGGAAGGGUAAGGUGAAUUUAAAGGUUAAUAUCUUGGAGAAAAAUACUCCAAUUUCGUUGAAGUUUUAUUAUUCUUAUCUUGGAUAGGAUAAAAGUAUAGUGUUCAAAAUUUGGACCACAAUUUUUAAGGGCAUCGAAAUUAUCGGCACUUUUUCUCGCCCGAAAUAAUUGCUUUUUCUCGAAAAGGAAGAAGAAAGAUAAGAAAAUGCGUUUUAUCGGAUAGUGACAUUUCGUUUUGAACGAAUCACCAAAAAGGGGCGGGAAAUUUGUUCUUCUAUUUUGGAUUGACGUGCAUCCGAGAUAUCGAUCAAUAUUACACUAAUUUUUUUCAGAAGUGAUCUUGAUGUUGAGACUUUCAAACUGAACCCCGAACUUCUUGAUGAUCCUCAAGGAGUGUUGAUGAUCCCUGGGAAUCGGCUGGUGAUUCUGGACAAUAAACUUGGCCUGACUCUGCUCAAUUUGGAGACCAAGGAAGUGAAAAGGUCACCGAAGCCGGAGGAUUGGAGAGAUUUGGAGCAUGUCUGUUUUAUGAAAUCUCAAAACCAAAUUCUCGUUGUCUAUGAGCAGAAAAUUGAAGGUAUGUGUACUAUGAGUACUGUAAUGUUUAAAUUUUUAGGUGAAUCCGGCUUUAUGAAGUCCCUAGCCCGCUUCGACCUUGAUCUCAAUAUAAUCAGUAAAUGUGAAACGCCCAAGAUUCUCCGCGACAAGCCCGUGCACAAUUGUCGGAUUUGUUAUGUGGAGCAGACCGAUUGUAUCUAUUUGGCGGUGAAUUCACCAAAUAAUUGUUAUCUUUAUGAGCUAAAGGAAUGCAAAGGAACUCCCAGAUGGACCGAGGUUUACAAUAUGCGAGGGAAACAGAUCGCGGAUAUCAGUGUGUUUGCUGUUGUGGGUAAGAAAGUUAUUUUACGUCAUAAAAAAUAUAAUAUUUGCGAUAAUUGAGAAAAAUAUGUCAUCAUGACAUGUCUAGAUUAAAAUUAUGAAAGAAGAUGGCAGAGCGAAGGAUCUGCCUCCAAUUUUGCCCGCUUUUCUUGCGCAACCCUUUUCUUCUCGUUCUUUCCAACCUUUCUCUAACUUCCUCGCCCCAAAAGAGAACCCAUUCGUUUUCCCGGAAAAGGAAAGCAGAGCCGAUCCAGUUUCCACCCUUUCUUUAUCGCUUCUCGGCCUUUUGGCUAAGAUCAAAGUGUAGUAUCUGUUCUUAUCGGUUUAAUCUCCGGUACGACUUCUAUUGAAGUCAUUCGAGAUUAACAGAUUUUUGGGACCAGCGGAGUUGUGAAGGCUUGCCUUCCGCUCGGCACGGGUCGGCCCGGUCUUGCACUGCUUCCGGGAACGGCUCAUAUAUUAUCAUAACAAGCUGAUGAAAUCUUAAAUUUUUAUUGGUUUCUCAGCUUGUGGAGGUGACAUUGAACGUAUCAAAGUAACUUAUCCAUGAAAAAUUGAAUUUCCUAGGCUUUUGAAUGGCUGUUUUUUUUGUUUUGAUAGAGCUUGCUGAUAUUCCAAGGAGUUAUAGUUGAAUUCUAUGGUUUACCAAUCAAACGACUUGAUAUUACCCUUGAAACAUCAAAAUUAUAUUAUCCAUGACAAAAAAAAUUUUUUUUGAUAACUCCUAUUUUUAGGUCCAAUAACUGAGCUUUUGGUGGUCGAAUCCACUCGCCGUCACAUGAUUCUCCUUUGUAUCUACGAAUCCAAUCUAGCCGAGCGAUCGAUGGUUGCUUUUUGCGCCGAACCAGCAGCCAUGGCGAUCGAUGAGAGCCAAAAUGUGAUUGUUUUUGACAGAGCGACGAAUCUGGUCGGUGUUUACUGUAGAUUGCAUUUCCAAAGGAUGCGAGAUUUGUUGGCUAUUGGUCGGGCCAAUUGCCAAUUAUCGGCACAGAACGGAUUCUUGGCCUUGUUGAACAAAUCGGUGAAGGAGCUGAGGAUUUGCAAGUACUGA